AUAGGCAACUCUGCCAGUAUUGAACAGUCAAAUUUCGGAAACAAAGUUAAACUAGCAAAAGAAAAAAAAAAAUAACUUGAAAUAAAAUGCAGCAAAAUCACUUAAAUAUUAUACGUAGUCUACUGGCAUUUCGUUCGCUGACGCUGCAAAUACCUAAAUACCACAAUGCAAUCAAUGCUUCGCCCAGCGCACAACCACAAAUAUUUAAUCGAAAUCUUACACAAGCAAUAACACCAAAAACCAAAACCGAUGAUCAAAAAUCAAAAAAAUUAAAGCAAAAAAUAACGCUUAUUGCACAGAAUGAAGCCAUUAGCAUUACUACUUUGGAAGAGGCCCAAAAGCUGGCCAAGCGUCGCGAUUUGCAUUUGUUGCGUUUGCAACAACCGGAUGUCAAAACCGGGCGAGUGAUGUUCAAAUUAGUUACAUCUAGUGAAAUGUUGGCUGAUGAAACACUUGGCAAAGGCGCUUCCAAAUCAGCCGAUACGCAGGGCCUCAGAAAGUCGGAAAAAUCCCUAUCCAUUGGUGCUCGAAUGGCUGACCAUGAUUUAUCUUCCAGGCUGAAGAACAUAAUCAAAUGGCUGAAUAAACGACACGAAGUGCGAAUUCUCAUCCAGGGAAGUGUGAAUGGCGCCGAUGAGGGCAAUGCGGAACGCAUUGUCAAGGCCAUUGAGAUGACCAUUAAGGAGCCGCAAGUCAUUGGCAAAAUUGUGCAAAAACGCCAAAAGGGAAGCUACAUCAAAUUCAAUAUUAUCCCAUUGGCAGCUGCAGCGGAAACAGAAGCAUCCACAGUGAAGGAAUUGUGACAACCAAUGGGCUUUUUUAUGCCCAUCCUAGCAGGAAAACCACCAACUCAAUUGUUUCCCUUACUCGGCAAUCUGGAUACAGCCCAGGUAUGGCAAAACUAUUCUACCAGCCAGAACAACUUUGAAGGCGAACCAGAGCAUACAAAAUCAAUUAUAGUUGCCUUUACCUCAGUCUUGUUUAUGUUCGCCAUAAAAUACACAUUUUGGUUACGCAAAUUUGGCACCACCGAACUAAUCAUUGAAGAUGAUAUAGAUGCAGAUGAAAGAAAUUCAUAAAGUAAAUCAUAAAGCCUUAAUAGACAUUGUAAGAAUAAUUUCUGAAUGUCAUUUUUUAGUUUCUCAUGUAAUUUAUACAAGAUAUAUAAUAAAAA